AGACAAGCAUGUGCAUAAGGAUAUCUUCUAGAUACAAACGCUUGCUCAUUUUAUUUUGAAUGUGUAAUGUAAUUUUGCUACUGUAAAGUUUUGCGUGAGCCAUAUUAAGCCAAUCCAGAGCAGUUGUAAACUUUAUUUCCGCUGUGUGCUGCGCGCCUAGGGAGCUGUCAAACACGGGCUGCUCUGUCAUUCAGGAAGUCCACACACCGACUGACAGCACUUACAAAGUCACACCGGCCUCGCUCCGCGGAUAAAUGAUCACCAAGUGCGCGUGGUUUACAACAAGGAGUUUUUAUUCACAAGGGAGGGGAUUAUUCAAGUCAUGAUGAGAAUAUUCACGAGAGCGGUCCUGGACUAGACUGGGGGCUAACUGAGAAGGCUCAAGAUCUCGCUUGGUCGACAUUACAACAGGUCUAUCUGGCCAAUGCCGAGGCCGCCAUGGAGAGCUGUUGGCGGUAGCAGCUGCAGCAGUCGCAUGUGUGUGAGCACCCGGCCCAUGCCCCGCCCAUAAUGCCAUCCUCCACCAGGAAAGGCGCGCCGAAGGACCCCGAGCUGUCCGAGCUGUUCUUCAAAGAUGACCCUGAGGACGUCUUCUGUGACCUGCACGAGAUCGGCCAUGGGAGCUUCGGGGCGGUGUACUUUGCCCGUAACUCGUACUCCAAUGAGGUGGUGGCCAUCAAAAAGAUGUCCUAUAAUGGCAAGCAGACAACCGAAAAGUGGCAGGACAUCAUUAAGGAGGUCAAGUUUUUGGGACAGCUGCGACACCCAAACACCAUUGAAUACAAAGGCUGCUACUUAAAAGACAACACUGCCUGGCUGGUGAUGGAGUACUGUUUGGGCUCUGCAUCAGAUCUGUUAGAAGUUCACAAGAAACCACUGCAAGAGGUGGAAAUUGCUGCCAUUUCCCAUGGUGCCUUGCUUGGACUGGCUUAUCUACAUUCCCAUAACAUGAUUCACAGAGACAUUAAAGCCGGGAACAUCCUGCUGACUGAGCUGGGUCAGGUCAAACUCGCCGACUUUGGCUCCGCCUCUAUUGUUUCACCUGCCAACUCCUUUGUGGGAACACCUUACUGGAUGGCCCCAGAAGUAAUCCUAGCCAUGGAUGAGGGGCAGUAUGAAGGGAAGGUUGAUAUCUGGUCCCUUGGGAUCACUUGUAUUGAGUUGGCGGAGAGGAAACCACCCUUGUUCAACAUGAAUGCCAUGAGUGCCUUAUAUCACAUUGCCCAGAAUGACUCUCCAACUCUGCAGUCCAAUGAGUGGUGAGUUUUCCCAAAGUCAAAAACAAAACAAUCAAAAUCAAAUAAUACACAUGCAUAGAAGUGGGCUAUGACAUGGGUUAAGUGGACAAACAUUGAGAACAGAGACCAUGAGACCAAAGAGAUAUGACAUCACAAGUUGGAAUAAAGCAUUUUGAGUUUUGGAGAUGUAGACGGACUAAUAAUCCAGGUUAACUCAAAUGUGAGAAUGAAACAAAACACAACCCCAGCUAUGUUUUUUAUGAGGCAGCAACAUUCAAAAAGGAGUCUUGAAGGAGUCAAGGACCAAGGAUCAAGUUAAGUCGGAGUAAAAAAGAAAAAAACACUACUACUACUAAGCAAAUAAUUUGGGGAAAAAUAAACAAAAUCAAAUGUACUGUAUGCUAUAAAAAUAUUAAAAGUACAAGUUGAAGCAUGUCUUUGGGUGAGUUCACACUUCAACAAACACUGCGCCACAAGUCGGACUAAACUGACACUAAUUCGUGAACUAAACCAGGACUAGACUAGGACUAAACCUGGACAAGAACAGGACCAAAUCAAGUCUACAUCAGGACUAAGCCAGGAGCAAAGAAGGCAAGUCUGAACACGCUCUUAUUCUUAUUCAGUAACUUUCAUUUUUGUUGUAUAAUAAUAAGAUAUAUUACUCAGCAGUGGUUAGUACUGUACUAACUGGGUAAAAGGGAUGAAACAAUAGUCCUAUGUCCCGUCCACAGAGCACCACAGCCAGGUUAAGACUUUGUUGUGAUAAUCUGCAAAGUGUGACUGCAGCACCCAGGCCUGCUCAAGGUCACAGUCUAAGCCCAUUAUGUAAUUAAAUGGGAAACCUCCUCCUGUAUACCAGCAAUGUCUCUGUGGGUGCUUAUUUCUGCUGAUUUACUUUAUUUUUGACAUUAAACUAGACCCAAUAUUUAUGUUGUGUUUCUAUUUUUUAUUCCCCUUUUCUCCCCCCACCAACAGCUUAAACAUAUUAAGUACAGUAGACAAAUACAAACUUUCAUUAAAUUAAUGGGCCAUAGUAGAAUAAAGUAAAAUGUGUCUGCUGUUUUCUAAUAUAAUAUAAUCAAUCAUUGUUUGCAUGAUAGGCCUGAUCGGUGUUGAUUUUUAAUAACCAAAAUGUUGCAGAUUGAAAUCCUUCAUCACCACUUUUGUUCCUCAAACUUUUUAGAUGCGUCCUCCGGAGGUUGCCCUAAUUUAUGCAACCUCAUUAACAGAUUUCUGCAGAAUCAGAACUACUUUAUGUUGGCAAGAUAAAAGGUGCACCAUGUAACUUUUCUGGUUUCUGCUGAAUGGUCUCGUUGUCAUGAUAGAGAUUUUCCGCAGUAUGGCAUUAAAGUUGCCUUUCUCCAAAGAGACAUGCAGUUCAACCUCCAAGGCCAACUGACAGGUCCAAUCAGUGGAGCUCAGUAUAAGAAGGCAAGGUGUUUUGAGCAAUAACAACAUAACAUACUUUGAAACUUUACAGACAAAGCAUCUCCACAGAGACAAGCAGGUUGCGGACCCCCCGCCUGAAUAUUUACAUAAUGCACCUUUAAGGUUUAAGUUUAGCUGAAGUUGCUGUAAAUCUUUGCUGACAAUCUACACUAGUGAAUGUACUGUUCUGUGAAUACACUGUAAUGUGAUGAAUCAUUUGGAUAAUUCCAGCCCUGGAAUUUUCCAUCUCUAUUGAACUAAAACUACUGCUUCAUGACAUCACAAGGUGGAACAGAGCAUUUUGAGCUUUGGAGAUGUUGCCAUAUUGAUAAUACAGGAUUACUCAAACGUGUGACUGAAACAAAACACAGUACAUUGGGCAAAACAGGAUUUGUAUGUGCACCACAGACGAGUAGUAGCAUGUGGCUCCUCUGCUGCUGCAGUUUUACCUGGAGGCACUGUCGACCUUUCUUUACUGUCUUCCGAAUACUCGUUUAAAUGACAUAUUCAGCACCUCUGCACCUGAGUGGAACAAACCUGGAGACUGAAAUAAGGGCGCUGUAAAAUUAGCUUUUGUUUGUAGCACUGUGCACAAGGCGGUGAUUACAUUCAGAGUUAUUUUUGGAGUUUUUCCAGCAGCCCAGGGCAUCAGUUAUAUUCUGCCAGAUGAGGCGAAGCUAAGAGUAGUACCAUUUUGCAGCUAUUCUCAUGAGAAACUAAAAAUGCAAGAUUGUCUUCAAAUAUUGAUCUUACAUUGACCCAGUUGUUUUAAAGGGCUCAUAUACACUAUUUUCUGAUCUAUGUUGUAAUGUUUCCUCGUCACAAACAGACCUGGAGUUGUGUUUUGUUUCAUUCGCACAUGUUUAACACACAAACUCUGCAUAUUUAGUAUUCUUCUCUCAGUCAGAAAAUACUCUGAAUGUAGGUAAACUUCAGUGUAGGUAAAAGACUGUAAACUUGAAAACUACAACUUAAUGACAUCACAAGGUGGAACAGAGCAUUCUGAGCUUUGGAGAUGUAGACAGACUACUAAUGCAAGAUUACUGUGUGAAUGAAACAAAACACAACUCCAGGUAUGUUUUGAUGGGUAAACAACAUUAGACAAUGGCUUAAAGCUCACAGGAGGCAAUUUUACGUAAUAUAUGAUCCUUAAAUUUAUAUACAGUCAGAGGAUGUCUCAUUUGCAGUUGUGGGAAGUAGCUGAAAACUUGUACCAAGAAUAUGAAUCUGAAUAUUAAUUUUGAGUAACUGUAUUCAGGUAAUUACUUUUGACUUGGUGAUAUUCAGGAUACAGUUACUUUUCUAAAAUCAAAGGAAUACAUGGCGGUACUUCAAGUGAAGUAGCCAUGUAAAGCCAUGAAAGCAUAUUUUUAGCUUUACAGUCAGUAGCACAGUGUUCCACAGCUCUACUGGCCUAUAUUCUUAUUGCUCUACAUAUUUACGUAAUCUAUGGGCUCUAUACAUUAAUCCACAUUAUAAGAUUACAUACAGAUCCUGCUGUUUAAUAUGCUGAUAUAUAAACAAAGAUGUGAUUAGUCAUGUAGGAUUAAAGUGAGAGCCAUCUGUUUGACUGUCUGCUGUCAAUACUGCUUUUAUAGUUGAAUUGUCAGUGUUGGAGAAAAUACUUUAAAGUACUUUUUUAUUACACAAAAGCGAAUCUUGUGAGAUUCAGGCCAUGUAAUAAUGCUGUUUUGUUUCAUUCACACAUUUUAAUCAUUUUUUAUUAGUCUCUCUACAUCUCCAAAGAUAAAAAUAGUUCUACCUUGUGAUGUCAUGAAGUGGUAGUUUUCAUAGCUACCUUUUACUGUACCAGAAUACAGUUUGGUACAUGUGUUUGGCCCUCUUGAGCCCCGUUUAAUUUUGAUAAUGUAGACAUGGGGUAAUACUGUUUGAAAUAUGAACACAUUCAGAGUUACUUCCCAAGACUGUAUGUAGCAUAUUUUUAUACACUUUCACUAGAAUCAUUUGGAUAAUUUCAGCCCUGGAACUGCCAAUCUCUACUGAACUAAGAGUAAAAUGUAAGAUGUUAACUGGAAAGCAACCCCUUCAUGACAUCACAAGGUGGAACAGAGCAUUUUAUGGAGUCACUGUGGUUCAGUUGUGGUUUAGUCUUGGUUUAGUCCUGCUUUAGUGCUGGUUCAGUCCCGGUUUAGUCCUCCUGGU